CGGUGCAGAAACGCGAUCCCGUCCUCCAGUCAACUCGCCACGUCCGAAAAGUGUAGUUCCGAGAACCCUGUUUCAAAAGGGAUAUAUGUCUAAGGAAAGAAGAGAGCUACGAGUAAUUUUGUAAUCAUGAGGGCAUUUUGGAUCGUGCUUCUAAUUAUUCUACUCGAGAUACACAUAUAUAUCACAGUAAGCCAGGCGAAGCAUCAGCAGAAUUCAAGUGCCAAUAAUGCAAUCGCCCCAUUGAAUGCCCCGGAGGGUAAAAAUGAAGAUGUUCUUGAAGGACCAAUUGGAGAGGUGCUUGCUCAAAGUGGUACCACGGCAGUUCUGCCGUGCAAAAUUACCGAUCCUGGAGCUGGAACGAUCACAUGGGUGAGACGGAGGGACAGACAAUUGUUAACUGUCGGUACUAGCACACACUCCAUUGACAAGAGAUUUGUCGUCAGACACUCGAGCACCGACUGGCAACUCACAAUACGCACCGUAACGGUGGACGAUGCCGGCAUCUAUGAAUGUCAGGUAACGUCACAUCCGGUACAGCGAAACUUUGCCCGUCUCAAGAUUACGGAGGCAUAUUCGAUAAUACCAGGUGCACCUGAUCUGCACGUGAAGCAAGGUUCGAACCUCCGUUUGGAAUGCCAACUUAUGGCGGCCACGGAAAAGCCCCUUUAUGUCUUCUGGUAUCGUCAGGGUCGUAUGAUAAAUUACGACGAGGAGCCCGGCGUUGAUGUUAAGCUCACGUCAAGCGGCUCCAUUCUGACGGUGAACAAAACGAAGCUUACGCACGAAGGGAACUAUACGUGCGUACCUAGCAACGCCAAAGCGGCGUUUGUCAUGGUUCACGUGAUCGAAGAGGAGGAGAAACCAGCGGCAAUGCACGGAGGCGACAGAAGGAAUCUCAGCCCGGCAAUUUUGGCGAGCAACUUUCUCGUGUCCCUCCUUGCGGCCGUCAGCUGGAGGAUACCGAGUUUCACGAGCCUUUACCCGACGUGA